UUUUAUUAUCUAAUUUUGAAGAUAUUUGCCCUAUUUUAAUUUGUUAUAUGGAAGAAAAUAAGGCACAGAAAACUUUAGUAGUUUGUUUUGAAAUUGUAUCAGGAUGGAAGGGUAGGCCUUAUAUCCAAGUAUAGGUCCAUGAUUCCAUUUCUCAAAUUCUGAAAUUGAAAAGGCUUUGAAAAUCACAAGUUGUUUUUAGUUUGUUUUGUUUCUUAUAUGCUUGGCAUUAAAACUAAUUUGGCAGCAAAACUUGGCCCAAACAGGUUAAUUUUACUCCUUAUUUAUCCUACCUAGUGUGACCAUUCAUACAUUUCGUUGCUGAAAUAUGAAUGUGUUUAAUUACCACGGGGUAAUUGCCAUGGGGUGCUCAGUCCCCACUCAGAAUGUGAGGUUAUAUAUAUACACAUACACACAUACUGUGUACCUUCAAUAGGCAAACAGGUGCUUUCUGAAUUCUGAAACAUAUCUGACCUCAGGGGUGUUGGUUAGGGAUCGUGGGUCUUGUACCAUCUACAAAAUUGCACCAUCUUUCAAAAUUCUGUUUUAGUUUACUUGUAUUGACCAGUCUUCAAAUAGGAAAAUUCAUAUUUGAAAAACAGAAAUGAGGGGGUGAUUAUGCAACAAGUAGGCAUUUACCUAAUCCCUCUAUUUUCAGAAAGGGAGGAUCUGUCUUAUCUUACUUCCUACUCCACCCUAUCUAUACUGUCUGAUCUUCUCCAGGGAAUAAACCUCUGGGCUUCUCGAGGGGAUGAGCAAUUGCCUGACUCUGGAUGUUUGUUUCCCAAGCAGACUUUCCACUGACCUGCCUGCUAAAGCCCACUUCUAGCCCCAAAUCUUCUAGUUAGUGCCUGAAAUUUUAUGGGUUAUGCAGGGUAAAUUGUGUUGACUCAUGGCUUUCUAUAACUCAGGGGAUUUCUGGGGGGGCUUGGGUUUGUUUGUUUGUUUGUUUUUGCCAAAUUAACACUUGGUCUUUGCUUUCUAGUUUUCAAAUUUUUGUUACUGUGAUAUUCUGUCUUUUUUCUUAUAAUUUAUGCUUAAAAAUAAUAACAAACUAACUGCCCCCCCCCCAAAAAACCUCUUACAUUUUAGUGGGGUUUCAAGGAGGGAGUGGAAGUUAAAUAUUUGUGCUCCAUCUGCCAUAGUUAUUAGGAAUUAAGUGCUUUAUUUAAAAUAGCUGUGCUUUUUCUUACGCUUCUUUCAUGCAGCUUUAGUUUAUCUUUCUAUUAGAUGGUGGGUCUGUUCCAGACAGAAACCAGGGUUUUCAGUGUUUGCUUGAACUCCGUAAGAGUCUUGCUCUCAGAGCCACUGUGAAACUGGACUUGCCUUUGGCCCAGGAUGGGAUGAUUUCAGGGAGGAGCUGACCAGCAACAGGGUCCAAGCCCAGGUAGCUACGGAGGGGAUUCUGACAUCUGGCAAACCCUUGCUCUCCUAGAGGCCUUCACCAGCGGCAUUUAUGGAUUUCUAAUGAAUACAUUAGAAUCCACACUGCCAUCCCUUAUCCAAGGGUAUUGUUAUGAAUAUUUUAACAAUGAGAGGGGCGUCUGGGUGGCUCAGUUGGUUAAGUGUCUGACUUGAGCUCAAGUCCUGAUCUUGAGGUUUGUGAGUUCAAGUCUCGUGUCAGGCUCCGUGCUGACAGCUCGGAGCCUGAAGCCUGCUUCAGAUUCUGUAUCUCCCUCUCUUUCUCCGCCCCUCCCCUGCUCACAUUCUGUCUCUCUCUUUCUCAAAAAUAAAUAAACAUUAACAAAAUUAACAAAAAUAUUUUAACAAUGAGUGUAGCAUAAGUAGUGACCUGUUCUGAAACACCUUUAUGCUGUAUUGGUACAAACCGGCUGACCAUCUACCCAGGCUUGUAUUUGGGUUCCAGAAUGUCCCUAGUUUUUCCCAGGCACUGUCUUUAUUAUCUUGCCCUAAUUUCCAGAAUGGAGCUUUAGAAAAAUGGGCUGGGGCUACCCUUCUGCUCCCAGGCUUCCUCCUCAAAGCUUAUAAUCCUCAAGUGCCCUUGUGUACAGAGGCACAUAGAUGCUGUGGAAAAGAUAUGGUCCUCCCCUUGGGGGAGGGGUGUGGCACUGAAAAGAGUAAUGGAUGGAAUGUGGGAGGCAGGGAGGCAGAAGCAGGUGGGGCACAGCCUUGUCCAGAGAACAUUCUGCGGUGGCGGGCCUCUCCCAGGCCACCAGAGUCCUGUGCAUUUCCUCUGUCAGUUCAGCCAGGUGGAACACAGAGGCCACAUGACUUCUCUUCCCUUGUCCCCCUUCCCCUAACUUCUAGCUUCCUUCAGCCUCCACGUGGCUUCUAGGGGAAGGAGAAGAGAAGAGCAGGGAGGGAGCAGUGUGAGAAGAGAGGAGGACAAGGUCCUACCUCUCACUGGUCAGAUUAUGCAGAAAGGUGACAGCAGGUGCAAGCUGGAGGCGCCAGAACAAUCAGGAGUCCGCCGCAGAAACAGUUAAGCAGGCAAAGGUAGACGUCUUUCCUGUCCUGUCCAUGCAUACCACUUAUAUAACAAGAGGAAUACACAUGGAGAUAAGACUAAUGUAUGUUUUUGAGUAAAAAAAAUUAGAUAAUUCUUGGUAGGGAAAGAAGAGACACAGGACUAGAGAGAGUUGCGAGAGCUACUGCCUACAUGUUUGAAAUGGCUCUAUGGUGUUAAAGGGUCUUGGGAAGCUCCAUCCUGGCUUCAGACUUUCUGCCAUCUUGGCAUCUCUGGGGUGGAAACCUGGGGCCGAUUCAUAAUCAAGCAUUCCAAAUCCUGGGUUAUUUGGAACCGUAGGUUUGAGGGUUAAGUUCCUGGUUUUCAGUAGCCCCUCUUGUGUACCUCCUCAUUUUUCCAUGUCUUUUAAACAGUGGCAAUUAGAGAAACAUUUGAAUGUAUCUUCAUUUGCCGAAAAUGACCUACAGUUUUCUUUACAUCUGUCUUCGUAAUGGUUUCUGGUGCAGCAAAGUGGGACUGUGCUGGUCAUCACGUAAGCGAGAAAUGGAACGAAACCCCAGAGCUCAAGAGUUGGUUGGUUGAGAUGAGGGCACUAAGGAGUGUUAUCACAGGGGUCCUCUGACUUGGAGGGUAGCCCAGCUCUCUGGAGGCUGGCACCUAGGUAGAACCAGGAAAGAUUUGAAUGCAGGCUAACAGCAAGCUGGCCCUCAGAUCUGUCCGUAUGUUUACCGACUGCUCCUUAGCUGACAUUAUCACCGUCACACCUACCUGUGGAGAAAGUAGUUUAGGUCCACAUUACAGUUGUGGACCCAUACAUCUUCCGAAUGUCAGGCUAUUUUGUUAGAUCUUGGGGUGGCAAGGGUGACACCGUUUCUAUUUACAGUCUAGUGGGAGGAAACAGAUACACAGACAGAUAGCUUUAAACAGGGUGGUUUUGAGGAAUAAAUCAGAGAGAACGGCCAGAACUUGUUGACUAGUUAAACGUGGGGUUUGAGGGAAAGGAAAAGUGUCUAGGGUCCCUUCCAGGUACUACUGACCAUUUUCUGCUCCUGAAGCUCCUUCUCCCUGGGCCUCCAUACACCUCUCUCUACCUUCGAGUUCUGUCUGCUUGGCUGACAAUUCUCUCACACUCUCCUUUGGCAGAUGCCCUUCAGAGACACAGCCCUCAAAUGCUGGUGUCUCCUGGCCCCCCUCUUCAGCCGUCUGCUCUAUUGUCUGUCUUCUUUUCAUAGGGCAAGGAUUUCCAAAACUCUGUCUCUAGCUCAGACCCGUCUUCUGAACAGCACACUCGUAUUUCCCAGCCUCUACUUGGUAGUUCCAUCUGCCACAGACCCUGCAGAUUCCUUGUGCCAAAACCUCUAGACCCCAAAGCUGUGUGUCCUCCUGUGCCCCCUCCCACAUUGCCUGGGCCCCCCUCUGUAGAGGAACAUAGAAGUGGAUGGAGGUCUUAUGCAGCACUAAUAGAAGCACCCCAGCCACACGUGUAAUUUAAACUUUUCUAGUAGCCACAUUAAAAAAGCAAAAAGAAACAAAUGAAGUUAACUUUAAUAACAUAUUAACCCAAUGCACCCAACAUAUUAUCAUUUCAACACAUAAUCGAUAUAAAAAUUACUGAGAUAUUUUACCUUUUUUUCAUACUGCCCCUUCAAAAUUCAGUGUGUAUUUUAAUCUCUAUUUGUACUAGCUACAUUUCAAGUGCUCAACAGCCCCCUGUGGCUGGUGGUACUCGUUUUGGAUAGUGCAAGUCUAGAACGAAAAGGGUAGUAUUUGAGGCUGGGCAAAAACACUCUGGUAAGAAGUAUGAUAGAACACACAGAAGUAAGGGGUAUGUACAUGAAAGCAUCGCUAUUUUUAUGAGUCAUGUGUGUUCUCUGUUCCUUAUGGUUUUCCCCUAAUAUGUAGAGCAGCUUUUGAAAUUCUCAUGUUUCUCAGCAGUGUCAAGAUCCUACCUCCGAUUCUAGGAAGGGAUUUUCAAGGAAGAGCAAGCAGCUCAUCUCCCUGCCCCCACCCCUCCAGGGGAAUCCCAAGGUUGGAUUCUCAGCACAGAGCCCCUCCCUACUUGGGCCUUCCUUCCAAAGUUUCUUGUGAAAUCUCUGGAUUUUGUUUAAGAAGGAAGUUGCUUUUCUUCACGAUUCCUUUUCAAAAUUUUCAUACCUUGGCUGCCAAAAGCAAAAUGUAUUUGCUUUACAAUAAUUAUUACAGCCAAAGCCACCAUACCUCCUGGAUCUUUCCAGCAUGGUAUUUUUAAUAUUGUCUCUUUCAGUCCAUGCAUCUUGAAUUUUGGUUCAAAAAAUAGGAUCGCUCUGUCACACUCUUGAGUGUGAAAUACUGGAGAGUGCUAUGGUGAUCAACCAACUGGCGCUCACCAGUUCCUGGAACUUAGAACUCCAUUCUGGAUACUUCCCUAGAAAGGAUUUCCGUAGACUGCUCCUUUUCCUGGGGAGGCCAUGUCUUUUCAGAUGGAAGCAAAGCAAUACGGUCUUUCCUUCCCGUGAGCCCCAGUUUAUGCUACUAUUGAGAGAUCAAUCUGAGUUUUAAGGGGUGCUUUUUCCAAUGGAGAGACUUAAAGUUAUGUUGAGGCAGCAAAGCUUUCUAAGAAUGUUUUUUUGGCAGGCUGAUAAAGAAGGAUUAAAAAAAAAAAAAACCAAAAACGAUAGAGGCCCGGGACAGUGGUGUUAGCAGCUGGGACACUAGCCAGAUAUUGGUGCUCACAAAUUGGGGAGGACAAUGGACUUUACUGUUAACUAUUCAAAAUGCUGUUCACGUUCUGUAAUCGUCAACUAAAAUUAUUUCACUUUCAAGGUCUAGGCCAGUCGGGGGUGGGGUGGAGGAGGGCUGUUGCAGAGAGCCUGACUUCCACGGCGGGAAGUGUCCCAGUGUCCCAACAGACAGGCCCUCCCGCCACUGGGCGAAGGGCACCGAGAGGCAAGGGAGGGAGUCCGAGAGCGGGGCGGGCGAGGGGGGGGGGGGCUCGGGGAGAGCGCGUCACUCAGGUUUUCCUGGCUGCCAGUCUCCCAGCGUCCCCAGCUUUCCAGGUAGGGACGCCCCCUCCCACGCAGCGCGGUUCAGUCGGGUGGGAAGGAGGGGCUGGCCUCCGAGCGCCCGCCCCUCCAUCUAUCACAUGGCCGGAGAGCCACAAAAACAACAGCUUUGGCCAAGACCGUGACUUCAGGAAAGGAAACCCGGGGCUCUCGCAGCCGGCCCCCACCCCAUGGAGGAGAGUUUUCUUGAAUCCUUUGGGAGGCUGAGCCUCCAGCAGCAGCAGCAGCAGCAACCUCGGCCGCCGGCCCCGCCGCCCCCGCGUGGGACACCUCCGCGCCGCCACAGCUUUAGGAAACAUCUCUACCUCCUGCGAGGCCUCCCGGGCUCGGGGAAAACUACACUGGCCAGACAAUUGCAACACGACUUUCCCAGGGCUCUGAUUUUCAGCACGGAUGAUUUUUUCUUCAGGGAAGACGGUGCCUAUGAGUUCAAUCCUGACUUCCUGGAGGAAGCACAUGAAUGGAACCAGAAAAGAGCCAGAAAAGCAAUGAGGAAUGGCAUAUCCCCCAUUAUUAUUGAUAAUACCAACCUCCACGCCUGGGAAAUGAAGCCCUAUGCAGUCAUGGCACUUGAAAAUAACUAUGAAGUUAUAUUCCGAGAACCUGACACUCGCUGGAAAUUCAACGUUCAAGAGUUAGCAAGAAGGAACAUUCAUGGAGUCCCAAGAGAAAAAAUACACCGGAUGAAGGAACGGUAUGAACACGAUGUUACCUUUCACAGUGUGCUUCAUGCGGAAAAGCCAAGCAGAAUGAACAGAAACCAGGACAGGAAUAACCCAUCACCUUCCGACGGCGCAGGAUACUGGAAUCCCUGCGCGGAGUUUCCCACCCGGAGGGCUCAUGGGGGCUUCACAAACGAGAGCUCCUUUAACAGAAGAGGCGGCUGUCACCAUGGAUAUUAGAGGCCUAUCGUACAGGCAUUCACAAUUUUCCUAAAUCAGUUUUUACCGCAACUUUUGGUAUUUAUUCUUUGUUCAGUUUUAGCCAGAGCUCUAAUUCCCGUGUAAAUAGUCGGACCUGAAAGUUUUUCAGAAGUCAUUAUAUUCAUUUUCAACAAGCACUUGUUAAAAGUGAUCCUCUAUGCAUGGUCUGAUGCUGGAAUUCUGAUUUGAUUAAACAAAGUCACUUUCUCUAGGGAACCAAUUGGAAACGGAACCCUGAAAACGUACCCAGUCACAUAAGUUCAAUAUACAGAAGCUUCAGUACCACUUCCUCUGAAGUAAUCUAUUUUUCCAGAAAACCCAUCUCCAUCAGGAAGGUUGGAAAGGUGGGGGAGAAGUGGGAGACAGGAAAAUGUUAGUGCCAUUGCUACUUUGAUAAGCCGUGUAUCCAAAAAAUGUGAGAUGUGUGGCUGUCACGAUGAGAGUGGUUUUCCUCUAAAAUGCAUAUGCUAGAGAGCAUACAUCUAAGGGAAUAUCGUCCUUCAAAGUAGACUCUUUGGGAAAUUAUCCCUUUAUUCUCGUGAUGUGUCAUUGUUAAAAAGUCUUUUGGAUCCUUCUUGAUAGCUCUAAAAGCUGAGGAAAACCAGUGUCAUUAUUUAAAGUCACAUCUUGUGUUUUAACUACCACUGUAUCGAAUAGGAUUAAACCUGAUGAACUUUUUGGCUGUUGUGCCAAUAGUGGAAAUUAAACAAGCCUGACUUUAUAAAACACCAGUUUUUAAGAGGAAAAAAUUAAGCAGUUUUUAGACAUGUGCAUAAUCAGUUGGCUGCCCAAAUGUUUGGGAGCACAAGAAUUAAGCAUCCCAAGAUAUAAAUCAUAUAGGGAUACGUAAAAGUCAUGCUCAUUGCAAGAUGAGCAUUCUUGGCGUUUUAUGUGGCAUUAUUUAAGACAAUAAAGUUCUACCACAACUCUGGGAUGUCCCUCUUAAACCAAUACUGAAUUUAUGAUUCCAAAUCAAGUCUCCACAGGUUAGAAUCAAAUUAAUUUGGUGUGAGACCAUGAUAGAUAAGAUCACGUAGGAUGUAUGCUUUAUUUCUUGUUGGCCAACAGCUUCUUUAUAAUGUUCUGUGAAAUAUUAUUUUAAGUGUCCUAUAUAAUGGUGCUUUUAUGGUUAUUAAAAAUUAUCUAUGGUAUUGCUUUAUAUGAAUUUGUCAUUGAAUCUAGACUGCUUUAAUGAUAUAAAAAAAUUAAUUGCCUAAAUUCCAUAGAAUUCUACCCUAUUAAGAACCAGUUUUUCUAUAUCAUAAACUUAUUUACCAGUCUUCUUUAGUAAAUAGGAGACAUAAAGACAAAAGCAACCUUGCAUUUUACAUGCUUAUAUAAAUUAUUUGAUCUGCAUACAUUGGAAAGACUAUUACUUUAGCAUUUUAAUACCUGCCACUAUUGACAUCUUAUGGCUUUUUAUUCACCUUGUCUGAGUAACCACUCUGAUAUGGCCCCAGGUUUAGAUCCAGAGCUUUUAAAGAGCUCAGGAGAGUAAUUUCCCUAUUUGUCUCUUUUUUCCCCUGGAUGACUCCUGAAAUACUUGGUUUGGAAGCAUAAACAUAAUUGAUUAAAUGCUGCCAACUUUGUCCCAGCUAGAAGUGAUUUAUUUUUUCUCUCAGUUCCCAAGUUUCCUGAUUUAUGUAAUUUUUUGAACACUCAACUUUAACCUGUAGUUUUGUAUGAUUAACGUUUGUAUCGUUCACAGAGCCGGCAUAGUGCUUUACGUACAAGAUAGGGUCUCGUUAAUUGCUGAGUAACACAAACUGCUUUUACCAUUAUCCCUGAUCCUAUGGUGUACAUUCUUGACUUUGUAAUCAUUGUCACUUCUUAGGGGACAAUAUCUGCAUAUACUUAAGCUUCAUAUUUUGCUUAUAUAGCUUCCUAUAUUUUUUACAAUGUGUAAAAAAGGAGUGUGUGCAUGAGAUCUCUCUAUAAUGUGUGGUCUAAAUGGUAAGGAAGAAUAGAGGAUGUAGUAGCAGUUCAGGUUAGAUUCUUCUAAUUCUUUUUUGUUCAUCUGAGACUCCAGCUUUAUUCCCUGUUCUAGAGUGGAUCACUUGGAAGAUGAUUAGGAUGGGAAGACCAAAUUGUUUUACGAACAAAAUUUAAAUCAUGUAUUAACAAGACUGGCAGAACACUUGAGUUAAAAAGAACUGCAGAAUGGAUUAUUGUUAUGUUAAUUUUUGGAGGAGCCAAAAAUCACGGAUCACAGUUAUGAAAGAAAAAAUUGCUUUUUCAAAGAUUUAUCCUUGGCUUUGAAAUGCGUUUCUAAUUAGAUUUGAAAACAGGGUAUUUUAUAUAAACUUAAGGCAUAGUAAAAGACCUGAUUUCAGAGCUUUUCCGUGCUAUCGGCUCCUGGUUGGAAGUGCUCUUUUCUCCAUUAAGCGUAAGAAAGUCACAAACGAGAAUAUCCUCUUAUAUUGAACUAUUACUGUCUGCCUUGGUGGUCAGAGAAAACCAGGUUUAAAGGAAGUACUGCUGAGUCCUGUGACAGGGCUAAAAAUAAAGUGGGUAGAAUCUGCCAAUUUGAAAGAGCAGUUUUCUCUGAAGUUGCGGAUGAUCAUUUUGUUACAAAAACAUUAGCACUAUGAAAUCUGAUUUAAAGUACUUGAAUUUUUAAUUAAAACAAUUUCAGAGAUCACAGUGGAAUCAUAAAAAGGAAUUACAUUGGGGAUUCUGUUUUUCUUGUAGUUAUGCCGACUUAGGGUUGAAGAAUGGGUCUUAGAAAACACCACUGUUGUAUCUUUCUCUUCCUGAUGUUUAAUUAGGAUAGAA